GAAGGAAAAAGUUGGCAGGCAGACAGCAGAGCCCUGUCUGCAUCCAUUGCAGAGAGGAGGCCCGUGUGGUGUGGGGCGGGACAGGAGCAAGGAGAGGCCUUCCUCCCUUUGUGCUCCCCCCACCCGGCCCUAUAAAUAGGCCCAGCCCAGGCUGUGGCUCAGCUCUUGGAGGGAGUUGAGCGCCAGGCAUCCAGCAGUGAAGUUGAGCCCCCUGCCAGCAUGGCCAGUGAAUUCAAGAAGAAGAUCUUCUGGAGGGCUGUGGUGGCUGAGUUCCUGGCCAUGACCCUCUUCGUCUUCAUCAGCAUCGGCUCUGCCUUAGGCUUCAAUUACCCACUGGAGAGGAACCAGACACUGGUCCAGGACAACGUGAAGGUGUCUCUGGCCUUUGGUUUGAGCAUCGCCACUCUGGCCCAAAGUGUGGGUCACAUCAGCGGUGCUCACCUCAACCCAGCUGUUACACUGGGGCUACUGCUCAGCUGCCAGAUCAGCAUCCUCCGGGCUGUCAUGUACAUCAUCGCCCAGUGUGUGGGAGCCAUCGUCGCCACUGCCAUCCUCUCGGGCAUCACCUCCUCCCUAGUCGAGAACUCACUUGGCCGCAAUGACCUGGCUCGAGGUGUGAACUCCGGCCAGGGUCUGGGCAUUGAGAUCAUCGGCACUCUGCAGCUGGUGCUGUGCGUCCUGGCCACCACGGACCGGAGGCGCCGAGACUUAGGUGGUUCGGCCCCUCUUGCCAUUGGCCUAUCUGUGGCCCUGGGACACCUGCUGGCGAUUGACUACACUGGCUGUGGUAUCAACCCUGCCCGGUCAUUUGGCUCUGCCGUGCUCACCCGAAACUUCUCAAACCACUGGAUUUUCUGGGUGGGACCAUUCAUUGGGGGUGCCCUGGCAGUGCUGAUCUACGACUUCAUCCUGGCCCCACGCAGCAGCGACUUCACAGACCGCAUUAAGGUGUGGACCAGCGGCCAGGUGGAAGAGUACGACCUGGAUGGUGAAGACAUCAACUCCAGGGUCGAGAUGAAGCCCAAAUAAAGAAGACCUGGCCCGGGUAUCCAUGUGGGGGCGGGGCAGGGAGGGGCGGAGGGAGGGGAGGGCUGAAAUCAUAUUGUAGAUGCUCUGACAAGCUGACCAAAGUCACUCCUCAAGACCUGCCUGAUCCGCAUGGUCCAGCCUCAUCUGGGGCAGCAAUAUUACUGUCUUUCUUUCUGUUUCCUGGUCUCAGAGCUUCCUGGGGCCCAAUAUUUGUCAAUUCCACACCUCACUUGACAUCAUGGAUGAGCGAAAGGAAGGGGCCCACCUGGUGGUUGUCCCCUCAGAGUGUGCUAGUAAGUCCCCCCUCAUCCCAAAGUUGCCCAGCACGUCACCCACAUUAGGUGCCUGGGAUUCUGCCAUUGUUGCUUUGUGCCUUUGAUCAUGGCUUUCCUUGAGUAGGCACCUUGUCCCCAAAGGCACUUUGAGGGAGAGGAAGUCCCCUGGCUUUUCCCUUUGGUCUGAUUUACCUCCAGGACCCUUCCCCUUAAACUCACUAUAAGAUCCUGGAAUUGUCCCUGUGCUGGGGCCUUAGUGAUCACAUCUGUAAGGUGGCAAGGAAGGGACAGCUGUGGGGACUCUGUGAGCAUGAGUCUAGAAGGGACAGUCUAGACAGCACUGCUUUGUCUACCUGGCCUGAGCUCUUUCCUGACACCCACAGCCCAUGAGCACACGUGGGUGAGCUAUGAAGCAGAGGCCAGUCCAGGAUGCCAGAAGUGCCUGUUGAUGCAGAGAGCCUUCUUUUGGGAAGAAUGUAGGCAGAAUGCCGCAGAGUGAGGGCCAUUUCAUGGUGGAGGAGGAGCUCACACUCUCCUACCUAGUUCUAGUUGGUCUGCCUAUGUAUCAUGGCACCGACUAGAUGGUUGUUUCAGCUCUUCAGUCUCCCUGGCAGUGAUGAGGUGGCAUUUAUUAAGGAGCACUGGGCUGUCUGCAACAACAUGUUAGAAGAGAGAAGCAGCUAGAGGUGGAGCUGUCCCUGGACAGAUGCCCAUGUUGGUUGUGCAGGGGCUGGGAUGCUCCUUGUUCAUCGUUAUCGAGGAGGCUAUUCCUGUCCUGGCUUGUGAGCUCCCAGCUGGAUGAAUCUGAUCAGAAGCCCAGCAGCCUGCAGCCUGCAACCUGAAAAGGCUCACCACGUGACGCUAGGCACAGUCUUUUCUCUGUAUUGACCUGAUGCUUCAGCUUCUGAGGCCGCCCAGGGAGUCAGCUCAGGGCUUGGUGUCAUGCAUUCAGCUCUCUAGGUUAUUCCAAUCAAUCCUAUCAGGCCAGAGUAGCUCAACCAUCGUGUCCUUAACCAUGUUGUGAACAUAAACUGAGAGACACGCUCUUCAGGUGCUUAGAAGCAGCGGGACAGUCAGGAGGGCUGUGCCCCACCCCCCAGCAUAUCACAGCUGAACACUGUUCUCUUUUCCCUAGCAGGCACAAUAGCCCUCUUAGCAUAUGAGGACCCAUAUGCUCAGCUAUAUCAUAUCGGGUCAAUCUUAGUAGCCAAGGCCAUGUCUGGCGACUCCCUGGUCAACGCAGUGGAUUCCUCUUCCCUCCACCAUCUCACUUUCUGCCUGGGCAAUGGCUAAGGGCUGGAGCUGGAGGUGGUGAGAGAUGUGCUUCAGGGGAGCAGGGCAGGUCCAUCCCACCUGGUUCUGGCCACGGUGAUCAAACACCCCGCAUCUGUCUGCUCUAUGUAUGUUUCUUUGCAAUUGAAAUUUCAUCUUAUGGUAAAAAAAAAAAAAUAAAGGACAAUGACUUGUAAGGUA